UGAGGCUGAAAUCAGGGCUGGAAUACAAGAACUCCAUAGGGCUGAAAGUUGGAACAAAUAUCACAAUGGAUCCAGGGCUAGCAUUAAAAAUGGGUCUGAAACAAGAAUGGGCUCUCAGGUGAAAACACGACCAGGGGGACGGGAUCUAGAAGGAAAAGUGCAGUCUGGGGUGGAGAUAGAACAUAUGGCUCCAGCUGUGAACAAGGAGGGACACAGGGGAGGGUCAAGAAGUGGAGAAAAAAGUGGAAGGGCUAAACCAGAACCUAUUACUGAGACUGUAACUUCGACUGUGACUGACAAUGACAACAGGGUUGGGCUUGAGGAUAAAGUUGAGAUUGGAGAUGGACCUCCUCCAGAGAUGAAGCCAGAGAUCGAGGCAGGGAUUGAGGCUAAAUCUAGUUCAAAGCAGGUGGAAAACAAGACUGUAACAGAAGCUGGAGAUGGAGCUACAGUUAACAAUGAGGUUUGCUUGGUUGAAGAGUCCAGAGUAGAAGCUAAAGUUGAGACAGAGGUUAAGACUGCACCUACGUCUGAGCCUGAGCCAGUACUAGAAGCUGAGGUUAGUAAUGAGACAGUGACUAAAAUUAACACUGAGACUGGGGUUGUCAGCGAAACCCAGAACAGCAACAACACUACAGAUAAAGCUCAGAUAAGUGUUGUGGCUGGGGAUAAAACUGAUACUGCCCUUGCAGAUCAGGCUGAUAAAAAGCCUUUAGACAUCGAUAAAAUUGUAUUCAGCCAUGUAGAGAAAAGUUCCAGGUCCCACAAGUCCAAAUCAUCCAAGUCCAGUUCCAGGACUCGACCUGGCACGGCCACAGGGCUCAGACCAGGUGUGGUCAGUCCUCGACUUAGCAGAGGACUUGGAGACCUUGAGUCAACAGGCCCCGCUGAGGGCAUUGAGUCCACCUGGCCUCGCCGAAUCAUUGUUAGGAAGAGGACUGUUCGACAGGGUGGGGCACUCCACAACCUCCCUAUUCUCCCCCCACUCCCCUCUGUCCUCUCAGCAUUGGAAAAGAGACGCCCACAUGCCCACCUCGACCCCCGUCAAGGCCACUACUCAGAGAACCCGCUAACAACCAUUAUGAAUUCUACAAGUAUUGUGGGACGAUGCUCACUUAAAGAGCCCUCCCAUGCAGAUCCAGGACUGGGGACCGGUUUGGUGGGCAGGGCUUCCCUGAAGGAGCAAAACUUGGAGCACUGGAGAGUCUGCAGAGAGCAGGAGGAACCCAGGAGAUCCAGGAGCAAGGAGAAACAAGGAGAGCAGAGUAAGGAGAAGACGGAGGAGAAGAAGGGGAAGGAAGAGAAGCGAGAUAAAGUGCGUAGAGAAGAGAAAGACAAAAGAGAGGAGAAUGUGAUUAAGGAGAAUGAGAGAGUUAUUGUCAGUGAGGGUCUGGUAGAGGAAACCAAACGAGAAAAGUCAGAGAGAAGGGUUGAAGGGAAAACGCAAGAAGAUGGAAACAUAAAGGAAGAUGUGAAAAAGGAAAGGAGUGUAGAAAUAAACUAUGAAAAAGUAGAGGAUAGAGGAAUGAAGAUAAAAGAUGGAAUACAGGAGCAGCAUGGACAAGAGAUGGAGGAGGUGGUGGCUAAAUCAAAGAAAGAAGAAGAUGAAGUGGAGGGAGGAGAAGGAGGCACAUUUGGAGAGGAAGGCGGGAUAGAGAGUUGGGAUGCUGUCCUUGACAUGGUCAACACGUUGUGGGAGGAUGGCUGGGAGAAAGGGGGAGCAGGAGGAGGUGGUGAUACCGAUUCCCUCUCGGGCUCCCUGCAACGUUGGCCUCUUCUCCGGCCCCCAGUUGGCUUUGGGGGCUCACACCCACCCUCCUCGGCAGCCUCAGAGCUCAGCCUGACAGAGCUGGAAAGGAGAGCCAGGGAGCUGGACUCUGACCUGGAGCAUCUAGACCUGUCUCAGCCCCACAGGGACACCCAGGAUGUAUACCAAUCACUGCUGGAGCCGCAGAGGGAACGAGCAGACAUGUACCAAACACACCCUGGGCCACAGAGAGAGAAAGCUGCAGUCAUGACAGGUGUGGGGAGCAGAUCCCAGGUCAGUUUGGAGCUCAGUGCUAUGGCCUCACCAGCUACAGACACAGACAGACAUCCUGCUGACUGGUCAACCAAAUCGACUGGGACUUCCAAUGUUGGCACAAGCUCCACUAAGGAGGACAGCUCUCCAGACUCCAACCUUACGCUGGAGUCCGACUCCAGUGGUGUCUUCCUCUCCUUAUCCAAUCAGAGCCAGGAAGAAGCCAGCUCUGACAGCGACCAGCCAGUCAGUGGUUCUGACCUAGGCAGCAGCAGCACGUCACUGGAGAAAGACGGGGACGAUGGAGGGUUAAAGGAAUGGGGGAGGGAGGAGAGUGCAGAGCUCCAGUGGUGCUACCCUUCACUCCUUAACACCUCUAUGAAUGAAGACAUAGAAGGAGAUAGUGGAAGAGAGGAAGCAGGGCAUGGAAAGAUGGAGAGAGAUGAAGUGAGAGGCAAAGAUGAGAGUGAGAGAAGGGUUGGUAAGAUAGGUACAGUCUCAGUCAUAAAGACCCAAUUCAACCAUACACCUAUUGACAGCUCCACAACUUUUAAUGCCCCACAAAGUGAAGAGUUACCACCCAGGAAAAAAGUGACCCUCAUGGGAGGUGACAUCCCUCUUCCUCUGUCUCCCUCCAAACAACCAAUCAAACACCUCCUAGAUCCUAAUCAGAAGCCAAUCAGAACCUCAGGACUGGACUGUGGUGAUAUAGAUCCCUUUGUCCAAUCGGACAGCUUUGUUUACCUUGCCGUGUCUGCAAGACCUGGCUCCCAGGGUGAAGUCACCUCAUUGACAGAAGUUCCCACCCCUGGUAUAAAACAAGUCAGUGUACCACAACAUUUGGAUAGCUUGAAAACACACUUGGACCAAUCCAAUACAGAACAGACUGCCAAGCUGACUCAUCUUGCCCCACAAAAACCAGAGGAAGGAGACUUUCUUUGCACUGACAGCUUUGUCUACCUGGCUGCUCCAGCCUGCCUCCUAUUGGGCCCUGCAGGAAGUGCACCCUACAGUGGAAGGGAGUCGGACUCAGAGAGUUCAGGAUCAGGCCCUGUUGAUCUUUCGGUACUGGGCUGUGACUCUGUGGCAGGGGACAGUGACUGGGAUUCAGACCUAUCAGACUCUGAUCCCAGUCGCUCCUCCAGAAUCUCUGCUGCUGGUAGCAAAUCUUCUGGCGCAUCACGGGCUAAGCGGAUGCCUGCUGAACCGGGCUGGGACUUGUUCGGAGAAACCACCGAGCCUGAAGUGCUGAGUGAGCUCUUCACAGAACAGGAUAAAAACCACAAUGGCAAAGCGAGGAAGGUUACCGGGGUCUCCACCAGCCUGGCAGAUACAUCAGCCAUUCCCAUGGCGACUCAGCCUGUCACUACAUCAGUGCAACGGUCAACAACAGUAGACCCAUCGUCAACAUCCAAGAGGGUGACAUGGCAGUUUAAACCAGCCCAGAGGUCAGUGUGCACGGGAAGCAGGAAGGAGAAGGAAAGGGAGAGGGAAUUGGCAUCAUCAUCAUCAGUAAGCUUCAUGGAACUGGGAGGAGGCGAGACCUAUAGACCCUCCCCUUCAUCUUCAUCUUCUUCAUCAUCGUCACCAUCCUCAUCUUCUUCUGGUUGAUUUGUGGAGGUAAUGGUAUUGGAAGAAGUUCUAAUUGCCUCUGAAGUUCAUUGCCAAAAGGUAGAAAAGAUCUUCAACUUGUUCUGUAGAUACUCACGGCUGGAACAAGUGCUGAUUUUUUGCCUGUAAAUUUUGAAUUUCGCAUCUAGCUGCUGCCAUUGCCUUCUUAUGACCUUCUAAAGGCUGCAUAAAAGACUAGUUAAUUGUUGCAUUUUCUUAGACUAGCCUUCACAAUUCCAUAUAUGUAUAAUCAUUUUAAAUUUGAGACAGGGUGAGACUCAGGCUAUACAGAAACCUUCAGGUUGAGAGUAUGUGGAAAUACGGCCACUGAUAGAACUCUUAGGUAAGAUGUAUACAGUGUCAUUCCUAAUGGGUUUUAUCA